AAAAAGCAAUCAUUUUGGACAGGGAGUACUUCUGUAGUAAAAAAAACGACAGUAAAACAUCUAACCGAACAGACUUGUACUUCAAGAACAACAAACAUUGAUUUUGUUGCUUGUCUUUCUCGCACACCAUUUCACGCGAGAUGAAACUAUUACAACAUUCUACAAUCCUGUCACGCCCAUACGCUUGUUUUCUUAAGUAUCAUUCGCAUUUCCAAUCACAUUACUCUUCAUCAUCAUCUUUGCCACCAACACAAGACCACCUUUGUCAGCUAAUCCUCGACCAAAAAACCUCUUCCGAGGCACUCCAAACCUUCAGAUGGGCCUCAACCUUCUCCAAAUUCACCCACUCCCAAUCCACAUACCGUACAUUAAUCCACAAACUCUGCAUUUUUCGUCGUUUUGAUACCGUCAAGCAACUGCUCGACGAAAUGCCUACCUCAAUCGGAGCUAACCCAGGUGAAGAUAUCUUCAUAACAAUUGUCCGGGGACUGUCCCGGGCUGGAAUGACCAGGCGGGUCAUCACAGUUCUUGACUUGGCUUACAAGUUUCAUGGUACGCCGUCUUUGAAGAUUUUUAACUCGAUUUUGGAUGUUCUUGUGAAAGAGGAUAUUGAUAUGGCUAGAGAGUUUUAUAGAAAGAGUAUGAUGGAGAGUGGUGUUCGUGGUGAUGAUUAUACUUUUGGGAUUUUGAUGAAGGGACUUUGUUUAACGAAUAGGAUUGGUGAAGGUUUUAAGCUUUUGCAGCUUAUUAAGAAUAACGGGGUUACACCAAAUACUGUUAUUUACAAUACUUUGCUUCAUGCACUUUGUAGGAAUGGAAAAGUUGGUAGGGCUAGGAGCUUGAUGAAUGAGAUGGUGGACCCGAAUGAGGUUACGUUUAAUAUUUUGAUAUCUUCUUAUUAUAAGGAAGAGAAUUUAGUCCAAGCUCUUGUUUUGCUUGAGAAGUGCUUUGCAUUGAGUCUUGUACCUGAUGUUGUUACCGUGACUAAGGUGGUUGAGAUUCUAUGCAAUGCUGGCCGUGUAACGGAGGCUGCCGAGGUGCUUGAGAGAGUUGAGAGCUUGGGGGGUUCACUUGAUGCUGUGGCUUACAAUACAUUGAUAAAGGGGUUUUGUGGAGUGGGAAAAGUGAAAGUUGGACUUCAUUUCCUGAAGCAGAUGGAGAAUAAAGGCUAUCUUCCAAAUGUGGAUACUUAUAAUAUAUUAAUAUAUGGGUUUUGUGAGUCUAGAAUGUUGGAUUUGGCUCUUGAUCUUUUUAAUGAUAUGAAGACAGAUGGGAUCAACCGGAACUUUGUUACUUUCGACACGAUGAUUAGAGGUUUGUGUUCAGAAGGAAGAAUUGAAGAUGGUUUUUCGAUUUUAGAGUUAAUGGAGGAAACCAAGGAAGGCUCUAAAGGGCACAUUAGUCCUUACAAUAGCAUAAUAUAUGGUCUAUUUAAGCAAAAUCGUUUCGACGAGGCAUCUGAGUUUCUAGCAAAGAUGGGAAAAUUGUUCCCUAGAGCUGUUGACAGAAGCAUGACUAUUAUACAGAAAUGCAAGGAAGGUGCAAUUGAAGAUGCAAAGAAUAUAUAUGAUAAGAUGAUUGAUGAAGGUGGUAUUCCAAGUAUUCUAGUUUAUAACUCUCUUGUUCAUGGCUUUUCGCAACACGGUAGUAUCCGAGAGGCCGUUGAGCUUAUCAAUGAAAUGAUAAGUAAUAACUGUUUUCCCAUUGCAUCCACAUUCAAUGCUAUCAUCACUGAGUUUUGUGAACAAGGAAAAAUUGAAAGUGCCUUAAAGUUUAUGGAAGAUAUUACUGCAAGAGGUUGUGUACCAAAUACAGAAACUUACAGCCCUUUGAUUGAUGUGUUAUGUAGGAAGGGGGACAUUCAGAAAGCUUUGCAGGUCUUUUUGGAAAUGGUAGAGAAGGGUAUCCUUCCUGACCAAUGUAUUUGGAAAUCACUGCUACUUAGUUUGAGUCUACAAAACAAUUUCAAUAAGAAUGUGUCCAAUAUAGAUUAUUUACUCUAGUAGUCUAGUAGAUUUAGGAGACUUCAAAUUUUUGUUCCAAAGGGUGGUUUCACCAGAGCAAUUUUGCCAUCUGCAUUGGAACAUUCCAUGUUGUCAAUGAUCAAUACCAUGUAAGUUAUUGAUAAGUAAAUCACUGAUUUAGUCUAUGAAAUUGUAGGCUUUUAAUGAUUUGGUCUGAAAAAAAUGAUAUUUGAAAAUGAUCAUGAAAUAGAAAUUUGUUGUUUACAUGAGUUCUUUUAGGUAUAUCAAAAUAGCUUUGAAAUCGUCUCCGGGAGACUAUUGUGAUAAUCUAUUU